AUGGGAAACUACAAAUCGCGGCCACUCACUUCGUGUUCAGGUUUGUGCUACAACUAGGCUGGUCGAACAGGCGCCUAAAUUCGCCUGUUCGACGAGCCUAGCUACAACAUUAUUGAGAGACUAUUGAUUGACAAAUGUGUGCAAGUUUCAGAUGAGCUCAAAAAGAAGAUAUCGGAAGGGUAUUCAGUGAUCAGAAGCCGGCUGAGUGACGAUGUCAGGUCUAGGGCCAACUGCGGAUGGACCGAUCUUCAAAUUGCCGCCUUGUAAGUGUUUUCUUUAAGGGAAAAAUAAGGCCUAAGUUGCAAAAGUGGCUCUAGAAGCACACAUUGACCCAAAUGCACAUGCCAUUAUAUUUCAGCGAGAAAACGAGCGACGAGUUCUCCUCCCUCCUUUUGCCCGAGAAUGCCGACUCCAUCUCUGCCCAAUCCCUGUCUCUUCUCCAUAUAAUCUGUGCGGGUCACGGAGACAAUCAACCGGAGAAGCUCCAAAAAACGUUGACCGUCCUGAGUGCCGAAGCCAAGAAGACUCUUCUGUCGGCCCUAUCCGCCAACGGCUUCACCGCCCUUCACAUUGCCAUUUACAAGGGAGAACUGGGCAUUGUGAGGGCGUUGGUGGCCGGUGGCGCCGAUUUGGAUCAAUCGGGACGCCAUCAGCUGCCACCGCUCCACUUGGCCGCAAUGAUCGGCGAUGCGGACAUGUUGAAGGUGUUGCUGGAGGCCGGCGCUUCGGUUCACGCCACUGACUUUGUGCACUUCACCGCUCUUCAUUGUGCCACGUAUUUCGGACAGGAGAAUGUAAGUUUAAAGAAAAAACCUUGGAAAUUAACAAUUGAGCAAAUUUUUAGGCGGUAAAAGCUUUGCUCGCCAAAUCUGCGAACACAAAUCUUGGCGGAGCGGUGAACGAUCGGCCGAUCCAUUUGGCGUCAGCCAAAGGACAGACAGCAAUCACGAAACUUCUUCUAGACUCACAAGCGGAUCGUUAGUCUUCAGAGUCCUGUCCCUGUUCCAAAACGUUUGCUCUUCCAGCUCUGCUCGCCGACGACGAAGGCAAUCAAGCGCUGCAUUACGCCUCAAAAUCCGGAAAUCUCACGAUCCUCAACAUGCUUCUGAAGCGUGUCAGAGGUAUCAAUGACAAAAUAUGCGCGAGGAAUCUGUACGGGGACACCGCUCUGCACCUCUCCUGCUACAGCGGCCGUUUGGAUAUUGUGAAGGCGCUUCUCGAGUGUUCGCCCACUAAUAUUGUGAAUAUGGAGAACGUCUUCUCGGAGACUCCGUUGCACGCCGCCUGCACCGGCGGAAAGUCCAUCGAACUCGUGUCGUUCUUGAUAAAGUAUCCGGGAGUGGACCCGAACUAUCAGGGUCAGGAUGGACAUACCGGUUAGUUACUGGAUAGGACUUGGUGGAAAAUAUAGAAAGUUUUUACAGCAUUGCACUCGGCCUGCUAUCACGGUCACUUGAGAAUCGUACAAUAUCUUCUGGAGAACGGCGCCGAUCAGUCUCUGGCUUCGAGGGCUUUCGAGGGCGGCGCGUUGAGACAACAUGCGGGUGCAGCGACCGCCCGUCCUUCCAAAGUAGCCACAGCGAUCAUGGCCCUGAACCGCAGUGACACCCCCUCCUCGAACGCCUCCUACAACUCGACAAUCUCCAUCGAAGACCAACAGACUCCGGUCAUCUGGGCCUACGAACGGGGCCACGACGCCAUCGUGGCACUCCUGAAGCACUACGCGAGCAGGACGACAGAAGGAGACGUGUGCAGCGAGUACAGUUCCGGAGAGUCCUCGUAUACUCCACUCCCGUCGCCGAUGGGCAGACUGACGUCACUAACAAGGGAUAAGGCAGAGCUCCUGCAAUUGAGAUCCGCACUUCCGGCUCCGUUCCAUCUGUGUCUCGCCGAGAUUGAGUUCCAGGUGAAAUCCUAAUUUUCAAACAGGAAAAUCAAGUUUAACUUCUAGGAAUCCAUCGGUAGUGGUUCAUUCGGAAAAGUCUACAAAGGCACGUAUCGCGGGAAACAGGUGGCCGUCAAACGGUACCGUGCAAUGGCGUUCGGGUGCAAGUCGGAAACUGACAUGCUCUGUCGGGAGGUCUCCAUUUUAUCGAGGCUCUCGCAUCCGAACGUCGUCGCGUUCGUCGGCACUUCGCUAGAUGAUCCUAGUGUAAGAGAGUCUUUGGCAAAAAUUAUAAACAUACAUGUUCUUUUAGCAAUUCGCAAUCAUAACCGAGUACGUGGAAAACGGGUCACUAUUCAGAUUGUUACACGAGGAGAAACGGUACGUUUUAAGCAGCUUGUGACAUACUGUGAAUAUUGUAAUAGAAGGGGCAUCCCAAUAUUGUUCAUUCAAGUCGCCGUAUCCCAGCUGCCUAAAGAGAUAUCCAAAAAUUGUCAACUAGCAAAUUGCUCAUUAAGACAUUUUGUACAUUUUCUCAGUUGACCACUUUUUGAUAUCUCUUUCGACAGCUGAGAUACAGUGAUUUGAAUGAAAGAUGUUGGGAGUGUCCUUCUAUUAAAGUAUUUACGGUAGUCGUUAGCCAAGUUUUGGUGGUUUAUUGAGAAGUUCAAUUAUUUACAAGAUCAGGCCUGUUGCUUUACAAAAAUGUGAUCCUUCUCAUUUCAGCGUUCUCGAUCCCUCAUUCCGUCUGCGAAUCUCGCUGGACGUGGCGCGCGGGAUGCGUUAUCUGCACGAGAGUGCGGCCAAACCGGUCAUCCAUCGAGAUCUCAACAGCCAUAACAUACUCAUUCACGCCGACGGACGGAGUGUCGUCGCCGAUUUCGGAGAGAGCAGAUUCGCGAGUCAACGCGACGACGAGAACUUGACCAAGCAGCCGGGGGUGAUAUCAUGAUUGAGUCCUUUUUUACGUUAGUUUUCGCAUUUGCAGAACCUGCGGUGGAUGGCGCCGGAGGUCUUUUCGCAGUCCGGAAAGUACGAUCGGAAGGUCGACGUCUUCAGUUUCGCGCUCGUCAUUUGGGAGAUCCACACCGCCGAACUGCCGUUUUCUCAUCUGAAACCGGCGGCGGCUGCCGCCGAAAUGACGUAUAAACGUGGCCGGCCGACACUUCCGAACCAGCCGACGCCCCAGUUCCCCGCUCACAUCCUGAGCCUGAUCCCGCAGGCGUGGCAGCCCGAAUCCAAUCUGCGGCCAGAUUUCGCGCAGAUCGUUCCGCUCCUGGAGCCGCACGUCGAGAGCACGCACACGGACAUCAGUGCCCCGUCGACGGUCUCUCAGCUCAAGUCGCAGUGGGAGCAGCUGAGCAUCGCGCCGCCCCCGAGAUCCGCUUUUCCGCCAAUUCUGUCGGCUCUUCAUGGGAUCGCCGCGACGGGGACUGUCGAGGAGCUCAGGCAGCGGAUAGAUAAUAACGGUUAUGUAAUGAAUAAGUAA